GGGGGGGGAGCGUCGCGUUUCCCUUCCGGGUGGCGCGCCGGAAGUGCUGGUCUCUGUUAGAAACGAGGCCUUGUGGAAGUUGAACCGACCCCAGGCAAAAAUGGGCCGUAGGAAGUCAAAGCGGAAGCCUCCACCCAAGAAGAAGAUGACUGGGACACUUGAGACCCAAUUUACUUGCCCCUUCUGUAACCAUGAGAAAUCGUGUGAUGUUAAAAUGGACAGGGCUCGAAAUACGGGUGUGAUAUCCUGUACCGUGUGUCUGGAAGAAUUUCAGACUCCUAUAACAUAUCUUUCAGAACCAGUGGAUGUUUACAGUGACUGGAUAGAUGCUUGUGAGGCAGCAAAUCAAUAGCAACUGGAGAGGAACUUGCCAGGAAUUCAACAAUACUUCUUAAUUUGGGAGGGUGGAAGUUACCUGUUACAUAAUGCAUUGGAGGAUCCAACAAGUGGCUGGGAAAUGUGACUCUUGUGCUGUUUGUUUCUAUCCAGUAAUCCUGUCCUACAUAUGAAUAUUAUGGGAUUGUACCCCUGGAAUUAAGGGACUAAAAACUAUAAGUAGGAUCUGCGGUUUUGUAAACAUACUGAGCAUUGGGAAUCUUGCUAUACAACAAUGCAUUGGGUGCAUUCUUGCCAAGGGCCGCUAUUCAAUCUCUGUUCACUUCAGUGGGGCUUGUGUGGAAGGAGCAUCCAUGCAAGCUCCUUUGUCGCUGGAUAUUCAGAGGUAGUCCUUGGGAAAUUGCACACCUUGUUGCCAUGGUUGAACAGCGAUGCUGAGCAAACAAGAGUAUACAGGAGCAGAACAUGAAAUAAUCCCCCAUCCUCUGCUUUAGUGACUCACUGAGUAGUAGACUUGGUCACUAAGGAAACAUUUCUUUCAGUAGGUUGGUGCCAAUUAUGUAGGGGUGGCAGUAUGUCAUCUUUGGGUUCCUGAAACUGCCAGAAGAAUUUCUUAGAAUUCUUUCCCUACCAUCAUUUCUUCUUUUUUUCUGGGUGUUUUUGUGCACAGGAUUCUUCUUUCCUUUCACAGGAAACAAAGCAAGCUUAGCUCCUGCCCAGCAGUUGAAUAGGCAGGAAUCUGACCUUACUUCUGACCUUAAGACUAUGGGACCAUCAACAUGAUGGGGGGGGGGAAAUCACAACUCUUCCUUGAUGCUACUGUUUUAAAUGGGGACUCUUUAUCCCAUGAAAGAAGUGUUGCUUUAUUUUAAAUGACUUAUUUAAAAGCCAAUUUAGUAGCCAGUGAUAUUAACUGCGCUGGAUGCUCCAUAGGACUAGAUGUGGGAUUUUAAUUGUACUUUACUGAGGAGAAUUCUGCCUACAUCACAGAGAUUGUGCCGUCAUCGGAUUAAUAGGUACUGGUGCAAUGUACAUAGGUGAUAAUUGAACAGUAUAUUGUAAAAGAUCCUUCCAGUGUGUAUGUUUUUUUUGUUUUGCUUUUUGCUUUUUAUCCUUCUCACUGUGGUGAGCAUGAACUCUGCUUUCCAGAAAUGGAUCAUUUAAUUGCCAGUUUGGCUUCCCUUUUCUUAUUAGUCUUCCUAAUAAUAGAGUGCUCACAAAAUAUAGUGGUUACAGCAGCCACCACAUAUGAUUUACUUUGGAGUGAAUGGCGAUAUGGCAGAGGUUUAAUUCUGAAUUUGGCAGUCAGUGACAGAGGAUUUUGCCCCCUUCUCACCUUGCCUUCCUCACUGUCAUGUGGCCUUGAAUCAGGAGGCCUUUUUGAGCUGCCUUGGAUGGUAAAAGCAGCCUCCAGCUGUACAUUCCCAAACAACCACUGCCGCUCUAUCAAGUCCCUUGUCUUUUUAGAUCUAAGCAGGAAUUAAUUCCACGGUCUAUUGGACAGCAAAUUCUUGUGCCCUUGUAUGUAAAUAAUGUCCAAGAAAGCAGGAACCCACUUGUUUUAAAUGUAUUAGAGGAGCCUCUGCCAGUAACUGAGUAAUUAUCAUCCCCUUUAAAUAAAGUCCAUAAUGGAAAA